AUGCCAAAACGCAAGCUCGGCGACGUCAACGGCCCCGCGCGGUCCAGCGACACGCGCAAGCUAUCUAUGCACGCCGUCCGGCUGUCGACCAAGUUCGAUCACGGCGUCGAGCUGAUCUCGCGGGGCCUCAAAAUUGCGCGAGGAUUCGAGCGGCAGAAGCUCAGUCGGCGCGAGAAAACGGCCAAGUCACAAGAUAACUCGACGACGUUGGCGCGGUUGGCGGAGGAAGUCGAUGCUUUAAAGGCUCUCGAUUACCACGUCACUGCGGAGCGGUAUCUCUUCAAACAGCUCUCCAAAACGAAGCGCAUUGCAGAGUCGUCGAUAUUCCAAGAAUUUGCAGAAUCCAAGAAUAUCUCGCAGGAGAGCCCGAAAAGUACUGCCGAGAGCAAUAUUCUCGCGCGCCUGUUCAAGUCCAACCCCGUGAAGAAUGUGCUGCCCGAUGUGAUGGCUGGCAUCCGGAAGCUACUGGGGUUGGAGGAGACGCCAGCAGGGAAGCAGAGUAAACCCGAGACCAACACAACAAAGAAGGAGAAGGAUGCGCCAUCGAAAGAGAAACUCGGGCGUCGUCAGCAAGAGGCCGAAUCAGAGUCUGCUUCAGAGGAAGAGCCAGAACGGACGACGCGCGGCGAGCAGGACUCUCGCCCCGAAAAAGAAAAAGACAAUCUGAGCAUCUCAGAAGAAGACGGAUCCGACGAGGGAGGAGAUUUCUCGCGCUUCGAUGCGCGACUCGCCUCCGGCUCCGAUGACGACUCCGAUGCCAGCGAAGACAUCACUCGUGCAGACAACGCUGCCGUCGCAGCAGACGACAUCUACGACUCUGUUUCUCGCUCUCCUUCACCCUCUUCCCCAGCAGCCGACUCCCCACCACCCAAGAAAACCAAAGCCAGCAAAGUCUCCGCAGCGCCAGCCCAGAGCACCACCUUUUUGCCCUCACUCAUGAUGGGCGGGUACUGGUCAGGGUCUGAGUCCGAGGCCACAGACGAUGAAGAGACCGCCGGAGGCAAACGGCAACGCAAGAACCGGAUGGGCCAGCAGGCGCGUCGCGCUUUGUGGGAGAAGAAGUACGGGCAGAAGGCGAACCACGUACGCCAAGAGAGUCAGCAGCAGAGGAAGAACAAAGAUAGUGGCUGGGAUGUGCGGCGCGGAGCAGUAGACUCUGACCUGAGGGGCGGCCGAGGGGGUGGACGUGGUGGGCGCGGUGGGUUUAGCGCCCAAAGUCGGCGCGAUGGCCAUGCUGGAUCUCGUGCACACCCUGGCAAGAAUGAACAGGGUCCACCGAAGGACACGGGGCCACUACAUCCAUCGUGGGAGGCGAAGCGGAAGGCCAAGGACCAGGCGAACACGGCGGCGUUCCAGGGGAAGAAGGUCACGUUUGAUUAG